AUGAAACAUGCUUGGAAAGCGUAUCGAACAUAUGCAUGGGGUUACGAUGAGCUACAAUCAAUAUCGAAAAUUCCAUCAACAUGGUUCGGUCUUGGUUUAACGAUUAUUGAUAGUAUUGAUACACUAUAUAUUAUGAAUAUGACUGAAGAAUAUAGGGAAGCACGUGAAUGGAUUGAGAAAUCAUUUAAUCUUGAUUCAAACUCUGUUGAUAAAUAUAAUUCACAUUUUGAAGUAACAAUACGAAUUCUAGGUGGUCUUCUUAGUAUUUAUCAUUUAACAGCAGAUGAAAUAUUUUUAAAACGAGCUAUUGAAUUAGGCGAUCGCCUUUUGUUAAACUUUAAUACGCCAUCAGGUUUACCUUUAGCCCAAAUAAAUAUUAAACGAAAAAAACCAGGUGCUUAUCGAUGGACGCCAGAUUCAACUACAGCUGAAGUCGGUACUGUUCAACUUGAAAUGCGAGAUUUAUCACGAGUAUCUAAUGAUAAAAAAUAUGAGAAUGCAGCUGACAAAUUAGCAGCCACACUUCAUAAUCAAUCAAAAGACGAUGGUCUUGUACCGAUAUUUAUUAGUCCGUUGACAGGGCAAUUUUCUGGUGGAGUUGUUUCAUUUGGUGCACGUGGAGAUUCAUAUUACGAAUAUUUACUUAAACAAUGGCUACAAACAGGACGGAAACGAUCUUUAUUUUGGGAUGAUUGGAUUGAAUCUAUCGAGGGUGUACGAAAACAUCUUUGGCAUGUAGCCUAUCCAGAAAAAUUUUAUUUUGUUGGUGAAUUAAUCGGCAUGUCAACAUUUUCGCCUAAAAUGGAUCAUUUAGCUUGUUUUCUUGCUGGUAAUAUGGCACUUGGUUGGUCGUUUCAAAGUGAUUUAAGCUAUCUACUUGAUAUGGCAAAAGAGUUAACUAAAACAUGUUAUCAAAUGUAUGCGAAACAGCCAACCGGGCUCAGUCCUGAAAUAGCAUAUUUUAACAUUGAUUCAAAUUCUAACGAGUCAACAAUUAUUGUCCGAGCUAAUGAUGUACACAAUCUAUUACGUCCUGAAUUUAUUGAAUCAUUAUAUUAUAUGUAUCAUUUAACGGGUGAUAAAAUCUAUCAAGAAUGGGGUUGGAAUGUUUUUCAAUCAUUUGAAAAAUAUACUCGACAAAUUGACGGUUAUUCAUCAAUCAAUGAUGUUCGAAAUAAAGAAAAUGUUGGACCACGUGAUAAAAUGGAAAGUUACUUUUUAGCUGAAACAUUAAAAUAUUUUUAUUUAUUAUUUGAUGAAUCAAAUCUAUUUCCUUUUGAUCAAUGGAUAUUCAAUACAGAAGCACAUCCAUUACCAAUCUAUAAUAGUUAA